UAAAGUUGCUUUCGCGAUCUGAAGUUUUUUUUGCGGAAAGUUCAAUAUUCAACUUAAUUCAAGUCAAUUGGAUAACGAAUUCACGACACGAUGGUUAUUAUCCGACCGGACUCGCCACCGCUGAAAAUCAGGAGCAAAGUUACCACCGAUUGGGACAUCAACGACACUAUCGUGCCAAGAAUAUCGGACACGGAAUUUGAUGAAUUUUGCGAAUGGGCCGAUGGACACUGUCGUCUUGUGUACCCCGUGAUAAUUGACGAUGCUCGACGACAUUCCUCCGGCUGGGCGAUGCGUAACACCAACAAUCAUAAUGUCAACAUCCUCAAAAAGAGUUGCCUUGGUGUUCUGCUCUGUUCGGCCCGAUGCCGCCUCCCCAACGGGGAUCGCAUCCACCUCAGACCGGCGAUCUGCGACAAGGCUCGCAGGAAGCAACAAGGAAAGCCCUGCCCUAACCGUGCGUGCAACGGACGUCUGGAAAUUCUUCCUUGUCGAGGACACUGUGGUUAUCCGGUGACCCAUUUUUGGCGCCAUACGGAAUACGCAAUCUUCUUCCAAGCGAAGGGUGUUCAUGACCAUCCCAAACCUGAGGCGAAGGGCUGCAGUGAGACAAGACGGAGUCUCGGUGUUGGCAGAAGAAUCCGAGGAUUGGCUUCACUACUAGCUCAAGAAGCAGCUCUGAAUUCAAAGCUCACAACUCUGCGAAGACCCAAAGGCAUGGGCAAGAACUUACAGUCCCAGAGAAAAAAGUGCAACUUCUGCAUGGAAUUCACAUGCCGAUGCUCACAGGUUAGUCAUAAUUCGCUUGUCCCCACCUCAACUGCCCACGUUCCAUUCGCCAACCUCCCAAUGAGCGUCAAUUACGCCAUGGCCUCUCACGAGAGCUAUCACACUCUGGAGCACUCUUCGGCGUAUGGCAUCUCAGCCGCCAAUUACAUGCCAUCGGCCAGCGAUCAGCAGCUCACCAAGUCCACAACUCUGCUGGAUAUGGAAAGUGGAACAAUCGCGGCUCUUGACAAUUGGCAGAACGGUGAUGAUGCAAUUAGUCUCACGAGCAGCAAUGGCACGACUUCGACCACCUUUGAUUCGACAUCUUGCGCUCAAUUUGUCGAUUCCAACAUGUAUUCGUAUCCAAUGUACGAUGACCGCAACACCAUCACGUCCAUUUCACCCUCAGCCAACAGUGAUAAUUGCAGUAUGAACACAUUCUUCGAUCAGUACAACUACGCAAACAACAAUUUUCACCACCAGAACUCAUAUCAAAACUGCUCGUACGACUAUCAGAAUGCCAGUGAAAAUGUGUACGCAAGUUAUGGAUCUGCAGAAGUUUACGAUGGGAAUCACUGGGAAGACUCACCUUAUCAAUACUGCGACAUAGCACAAAAUCAACCGCAGCAGGAAGCCUUUCAGUGUUACGAACAGUGAACAAUAAAUCUAGCCGUGGUGGCAAAGAGAAGAGUAAUGAGUGAAGAGAUACAAAGCAGCUUCUGAGCAUUCAGAAGAAGACGAAGAUACAAGCAUUAGCAUAAAAUGUUCAUAAAUUAAAAAUACUUUAGAGCUGAUGAGCUCCAGCUCGACUGACAAGGAGUUCGCGAUGUAACAUUUUAAUUUUAUUGAGAUAAUUUGAUCAAUAUUGUCGCAUCUUUCAACCUUUAUUCACUGUGACGCAGUUCGCGCAAGAUUAAAUAUGCAAGCCUUGUCACGCCAGUCAAAUUACUGUCCCAUCAAAUACCUAUUAAUUACUUCAUUUAAGAACCUCGCCUCAGUAAUUAAGUGGCUGAAUUUGCAAUCUUUUUUUCUCACUUUGAUCAUAAAAAUUAAAUUACAAACACAGAGACAGAAAGAUAUGCCAGAGACACUAUAUAGAAGAAUCAAUACUCUAUCGAUAGCAAUCUUGAAUUUUCCACAUUUGCUGCUUUGUAUCAUCAAAAGUAUUUUUGUAAUUUGUUGAAGACUGUUUCCCAUUUCGUACUCUUGUUAUGAUCAAGUGGGAAUUUUUAAAAUAUUCUAGUCAAUCAAUUCCCACUUAAUUGUUUAUUUUACAUAUUAAACAAAGUUAAGAAAGAUAGAAAAUUUCUAUAUUACAAUUGUAAGAUGAGUAGUAAAAGUUUUCUUGUAGUUUUUAGAAUUAUUCAUCAGGAUUUUUCUUUUUUUUCCACCCUUGUGACUCUCUUCUGUAGGAAUUGGCAGAAUGAAUAAAUGUGAAAUUGCACUAUACGCGUUGUGUUUUCUUCC